AUGGAACGAAACUAUACAGUUAAGGAUCGCAUCCUACCAAAAGCCAAGAUCGAAUCGGUGGAGGUCAGAAUAGUGAACCAUGCGCAGGGCUGUUCCAUUGCGGCAAUCUCUGUCCAUUGGCCCAGCGGGCAUGUUGUGUCUGGCAGAGUGAACAUCUCUACAGUGUUGACUGCACCUACGCCACCCCGUCCACCAGCAACAAUGAUUCUUCCUCUGAACGGUGCUGCUGAGAGCGAUGAUCGUGCGCUUCGAAUGGAUGCAGCUGGCAUUCAAAAGUCUCUGGUUUCCUCCGGCACCGUCUCGUUUUGCCAGCCUGCACGCAGAGGACAAAAGUCUACCGAAGCAAGUUUGGAG